AUGGAGCAAUCGUGCUGGGCGUUGAGUCGCCUUUCCAAGAGCAGCAAGUUGGAUGUUAUUAUUGCCGCCAUUCCAUCUCUCGUAAGCUCCGAGUCGCGUUCUCGCCGCCUUUAUUCAGACUGGGAACUGGGCAACGUUGUAUUUGACAACGAUGCGAACAGAGAUGCAAUCGUCGAUGCAGGAGCCAUCCCCGACCCGAUCAAGCUACUUCGAUCAGGAGCAAGCGAACUACAAGGUCACAUAAUUCUACUUGUGGCUAAUCUGACUGUUAGCCGGGUGCAUCAAUCUCAAAUCACAGGCGAAAUUGGACUUUCGCUGUUCGCUGCUCGUCUUCAGGAUGGAUCUGAAGCUGCGAAGACGCACUCCGCGCGAAUGUUGGCUUAUUCAACGCAAAAGAUGCAUGCAGCGCAGGCGUUGGGCAACCUGACUCUCGAUCGCCGAGCGCGGAAUUUUAUCGUGGAUCAGGGUGUCGUCGUAUCGGCAAAGCAAUGGGCUGCGUAUCUGUUGGACAAUGCCUCGUGGUAUCAAGCGCAUCAUAACGCCAUAGCGAGCGCUGGAGUUCUUGACCCUGUUGUUGCGUUACUGCGUGCGGGGAACAAUCGGCAGAAGGAGCAUGCAAUUUGCAUCUUGGAGAACUUGCUGGAAAAUGGUGAACGCAGGCAGGCGGUAUUAGAUGCGGGAGCAAUUGCUCCUGAGCAGAACGAGAUGGUAACGGAUGGCGCGGUGCGUGUGCGGUCUUCAUUGAGCUCCACUAGGACUGCACGCUCUGCAAUUGCUGCCGCAGGAGCGAUUCCACCGCUGGUCGAGCUCCUUCAGUCUAGGAGCAACGAAACGAGAGCAGAAGCUGCCUUUGUCUUAGGCCAAGUUGCUGCGGAAAGCCCCGAAUACAAAACCGUUAUAAUCAACCGAGGGGCCGGUGCAUAG